CCACAAUGCCCAUAAUGCAAUUAUACAUAACACUACCGGCCCGUCGGGUGCCGCAAGACUUUCCCCAAAAGAUAACUGUUGUGUUAAGUCAAGUGAUAGCCAAUACUCCGCCAAAUGCGAUGAACAUUCACGUCAUGACUGACCAAAACUUUUAUACCGGCAAUGAUCCGGAGCGCACUAAGCAUAGCGGUUACGCUAUGCUGUACGCAAUGGCUACCGGCAGUCCCGAUGAUAACCGGCGUAUUAUUACCGCGUUGUACGCACUCGUCAAACAGGAGUUGGGUAUCGACCAGAAACAUUUCUUUGUGCUUAUUAAUGAUGUCGAUCCAAAUAUGUGCGGCUACAAAGGCAAAUUGUUGGCCGACAUGCUUAAGUCGAUUGUAGUAGAUUAA